GCACGUUGGUGCUGUCUGUGGCCGCCAUUGGCCGCGUCUGGUCGUUGUCGUUGUCGUCGGUAGUCGCUAUUGUCGUCACAGUUCGUAAUCGUAAUCUCGUUGACGCUUUGAUUAUCUAUUUAAAAGAGCAGAGCAGAGUAGAACCGAGCAGCGCAGCCUCCGCAGCAUCCGAGAACCUGAGAAGAAGCGCCGUGGGCUUUAUUAUGUUUUCGUCACAGAUUUUGUUAUUUCCGAUUCGGGCGGUUAAUUAGGAAACAAAACAUGCUUUAGGUGUUAUUAUGACUUGCAUUAUCCUCCCAAGCUGAAGAACGGUUAUCCCUGAGUCUCAAAUGUGUCAUUCCGUCAUAUGCAUAUCCGCGUGUGUAAUCCCAGUGUGUGCGUGUUUGUGUGUGUAAAUGAAAACAAAUAAAUGAUAAUGAUAAAAAGGCGAUAAACGUUUAAAGCUUUAAAGAAAAAUAAAACAACAAAAUAAAUAAAGAAGAGUCUAAAAAAAACCUGAAGCAGAAGCUCAACUAUCAAAAUUCAAAAAUCAAAACCACAUAUUCGCAUUUAAUUGCGCAGCGCCUGGCGGAGAGAAGACAAGAAAAACAGAGCCAAAGUGGGAGUUGGAGUGGGAGCGGGUGCAGAGUUCAGGACCAGAGACGCCUACACUGACAGCUUCUGUUGCAGCUUCAGGUGGGGACUCGUAAAACGAGAACAUUGUCCAACAGCAGCUGGAGCUGAAGCUGUAGCUGGAGCUGACCACCUACCAGGAACUCAGGCACCUCGUAUUGCAACAUUGUUUGGCCUUCAUCUGCUGAUAAUAGACCGUAACUCAUCGAAGAGUCCACAUCUACAUCCACGCAUAGCCAACGUCUAUGGCUGACGACGAUUUGCGGGCUCUGGUGGAUAGCCUGGAUGACGCCUCGCCGGAGAACCUGGCCAACGUCAUAGCCAACUUCUCGCUCGAUAUGCUGCAGAGGGCCAGCGCCCUAAUUGGCGCCCAGCAGCCGCACAGUGGGGCGUUGCUCAUCAAUCGCACGCAACAAUGCCAGCAACAGAGCCAGCAGGAGGAGGAACUGGAGGCAGCCACAGCCACCGCAGCAGCAGCAGGUGGCAAGCGGAUCCUACACUGUCCCAGUGCAUUCGAUUCGGUGCUCUGUUGGCCACGCACCAAAGCCGCCACCCUGGCCGUUCUGCCCUGCUUUGAGGAGUUCAAGGGCGUGCACUAUGAUACCACAGAGAAUGCCACGCGUUACUGCUUCGAGAAUGGGACAUGGGAUCACUAUUCGGACUACGAUCGUUGCCACCAGCAGUCGGGCUCUGUGCCCAUGGUUCCCGAUUUCUCACCCAGUGUGGAUCUGCCUGCCAUUAUCUAUGCCUGUGGUUACUUCAUCAGUUUUGCCACCUUGGUGGUGGCACUCAUCAUAUUCGUUAGCUUUAAAGAUUUGCGGUGCCUGCGAAACACGAUACAUGCGAAUCUAUUCCUCACAUACAUCACCUCCGCUCUGCUGUGGAUACUCACAUUGUUCCUGCAAGUGAUAACCACAGAGUCUAGUCAGGCUGGUUGCAUUACGCUAGUCAUCAUGUUGCAAUACUUUUACUUGACCAACUUCUUCUGGAUGUUUGUCGAAGGCCUCUAUUUGUACACCCUGGUGGUGCAAACAUUCUCCAGCGAUAACAUCAGCUUUAUUAUCUAUGCCCUCAUUGGCUGGGGCUGUCCCGCUGUAUUCAUUAUGGCCUGGGCCAUAGCCAAAGCGUUUGCACCCCAUCUGGAGAAUGAUCAUUUCAAUGGGGUGAGUGCUGGCUCCAUAAAACUAUUCCUAUCCAUCCUUUAUGAUUGUUUUUGGUGCUGCUUUCAGCUGGAAGUCGACUGCGGCUGGAUGCGAGAAUCUCACAUUGAUUGGAUAUUCAAGGGGCCAGCUUCGGUGGCUCUGCUUGUUAACUUGGUAUUUCUCAUACGCAUCAUGUGGGUUCUCAUUACCAAACUUCGUUCGGCACACACCCUGGAGACGCGGCAGUAUUAUAAGGCAUCAAAAGCACUGCUGGUGCUCAUUCCCCUGUUUGGCAUCACCUAUCUGCUGGUCCUCACUGGCCCCGAACAGGGCAUCAGUCGCAACCUCUUCGAGGCCAUACGGGCAUUUCUCAUCAGCACACAGGGCUUCUUUGUGGCGCUCUUCUAUUGCUUCCUCAAUUCGGAGGUGCGCCAGACGCUGAGGCAUCGCUUCAUACGCUGGCGCGAGAGUCGGAAUAUCCAUCGGAGUAGCUCCAUCAAGAAUCGCAGGCAUCGCGCCUCCAAAGACUACUCGCAGAGAUCGCGAACCGAAAGUCUACGCACCGAGGAGUGUGUGAUCUGCCUGCGCCCCACGCCGCACACUCGCCUGGCCACACAGGAACAAAAUCACAGCCUCAAUAUCACCGAUUUUGUUUAGGAAUUCAUUUGCAAAGCAGGCCAAGUCCUAGGUCUCCGGCCGGCCUGGCAAUGCUCUUCGAUUUCAAUUGGUUUAUCGAAUUCUGGAACGGGAUGCUGAUGCUUCUAUUGGCAGUUGUUGGCUCUUCCAGACUGUUUUUAGUCAAUGCCUGCAAGUGGGG